AUGUCCGCGGCAACAGGAUCAUUCUCCGCCCCUGCGCAGGUUCAUACAUUCGAUGGCCUUCUUUCUGACUUUGACGGCACAAUCGUGGACUCGACUGAUGCAAUUGUGAAGCACUGGCACCAAAUUGGCGCUGAGCUAGGCGUUGAUCCUAAGUCUAUCCUCGCGACCUCGCAUGGCCGCCGCAGCAUCGAUGUGAUGGGUCUAUACGACCAGACUAAGGCCAACUGGGACUACGUCAACGAAAUCGAAGGUCGCAUUCCUAAACAAUAUGGCUCCGACGCCAUCGAAAUCCCCGGUGCCCGGGACCUCCUCACAGCCCUCGAGAAGUCCGGCGCACGAUGGGGUGUUGUGACGUCUGGAACCCGUCCUCUAGUGGAUGGCUGGCUGGAAGUGAUCGGCCUCCCACGCCCCAAGAACCUGGUGACAGCAGCGGACGUGCCGCUCGGCAAGCCGGACCCGCGCUGCUAUCUGCUAGGCCGGAAGCAGCUAGGCAUUGAAGAGUCAACCUCUAUUGUUGUGCUCGAAGAUGCGCCGUCAGGUAUCAAGGCUGGCAAGGCUGCUGGGUUCAAGGUAAUUGCGCUGACGACAACGCAUUCACUGGAGAAACUCCAAGAGGCUGGCGCGGAUUGGAUUGUGGAGGAUUUGAGAAGCAUUUCGGUCAAGGAUGUUGUUGAUGGUCGGGUGCAGAUUGAGAUCAAGAAUGCGUUUCAAUAG